CGACCAAGUACUUGUUUAAACUGUUCUUCACUCGGCUAAACGUGCGCCGAAUCUGAUAAGCGAUGCGUUCGUGGACAAUUUUGGCCACGGUAGCGGCUUUUGCCAUUCUGACCCACGGGGCACUCUAUCCGUGGUACCCGAUCGCUCCACCUCCGUGGUGGGUUCGCGCCCCGGAAAAGGACAUUCCGGCCUCGGUGAAUCUGCAACAGGUCGGUGGAAGCUACUCCCUCAGUACGGUCGAAGGAAAGGCCUACCAAGCGGUGGUUCCAUCGUUGGCUAUCCAACCUCCUCCGGUGACGGCCGUCCACGUCCAGGGAAUUCCGUCAGUUUCGAUUCGGUAUCUUCAGAACGGACAGGCAGUGCUAGUGCCAUCGAUUGCCGUUGUGAAUCCCGCUGGAAGUCCCCGGGAACAGCCAUCCGACGCGGAUGGCCAGCCGGAACCUGCUGAAGGGGAAGGAGAAUCUGCGGCGGAACCUGCAGCGCCAAGGGAACCUGCCCCGGUGACGGAGGAGCCCCAAGAGGAAGAAGCGGAGGCGGCCACCGAGAGCCAGUGAAAUGUGAAAAGUUAUACAGCUUGGUAGAUUUUAGGCCAAAUUCAAAGUGUUCUGAUGAAAAGUGUUCUCUCGUGUUUUUUAUUGCUUUGGAAAUAUACCCGUGUACUAAUAAGUGUUUCAGAUUCGAGUCAGCGCCAGUUUAAAAUAAAAUUAUCAGUUUGCUCUGCGGCAUUACUGACCCACAAUGAAA